AUGGGUGGCUUUCGCGCUGUCGAAGAUCGGCCUACGCCAAAGGAGGUGUACAAUUGGCGCCUUUACACCGAGGCCGCAGUUAUUGCUACAGGAUCUCUGCUAUUUGGUUACGAUUCUGCCUUCAUUGGCACUACCAUUGCUCGCGAUAGCUUCAAGCGCGAUUUUAACAUUCAGCCCAGUCAGCAAGCGGAUAUUUCAUCCAACAUCACUGCGACAUUCCAGGCUGGUGCCUUUUUCGGUGCUAUUAUCUGUUUCUUGAUUACUGAGAAGAUUGGUCGAAAAUGGGCUCUUCAGGCUAACGUCGCCGUCUUCCUCGUCGGCGCUAUUCUCAUGACUGCAGCAACUCAUCAAUUGUCGUAUAUCUACGCCGGCCGAGCUCUCACAGGAAUCGCAUGCGGAGCCAUCACAGCCACAGUACCCAGCUACAUCGCCGAGCUCUCCAUCGUUUCCAUCCGCGGUAUUCUCACUGGUCUCUUCGAAGUCACAUACCAGACCGGAUCUCUGAUCGGUUUCUGGAUCAACUAUGGUAUCAACCAGAACAUGAACCCCAACUCCGCAGCGGCAUGGCGUGUCCCCAUGGCUGUCCAGAUCGCCCCUGCUGCUGUUUUGUUCGUCGGCGGCUUCUUCUUGCAUGAGAGUCCUCUUUGGUUGAUGCGCAAGAACCGAGAGGAGGAUGCGACAAAGGCCCUUGAGAGUCUUCGACAGAUUCCUCGUGAUCACAAGUAUCUCCAGGAAGAUCUCGAUAUGAUGCGCAAGCGUCUUGCAGACGAGGCUCGUGUUGCUAGUCGAUUCGGAACAGGACCCUGGGCUCUUUUCCGUGGUGCAGUCUCCGAACUGACUAAGAAGGGCAUGCGAAAUCGUGUCAUUCUUGUCUUUUGCUCCUUUGCUCUGCAGAACAUGUCUGGUGCUGCCGCCAUCAACUACUACUCUCCCACUCUUUUCGGAUCGCUUGGUAUCAGUGAUGUCGCUUUGUAUACUGGAAUUUACGGUCUCGUAAAGGCUGUUGCAUCCAUCAUCUUCUAUGGUGCCCUCAUUGAUAUCUGGGGACGACGAAACCCUACCAUCAUUUCAUCUGCCUUUUGUUCGGCUUGCCUUUGGAUUGUGGGAGCUUAUGUCAAAAUUGGUCACCCUGCUACUAUUAUCGCCGAGGGUAAGGAUUUGUCGCCAUCAACUGCCGCUGGUGGUAAGGCUGCCACGGCCAUGAUCAUGAUCUACUCUGUCUUCUGGUCUUUUGGUCUGAACGGUAUCCCUUGGAUUGUCUCCGCCGAGAUCUUCCCCGGUGCUCUUCGUACUUUGACAGGUACAUACGCUGCUUGCGUCCAAUGGCUCACUCAAUUCGCCAUCACAAAGGCCCUCCCCUACAUCUUCAAGUCCUUCGGCUACGGAACAUGGUUCUUCUUCGCGUGUUGGAUGAUGAUCGCCACCAUUUGGGCCUUCUUCUUCCUUCCCGAGACCAAGGGCAAGACCCUCGAAGAGAUGGAUGUCAUGUUUGGCUAUGUGCACGACCGAGCGCCCGCUGAGAGCGACGACAUGGGCGGUAAGCUUGGUGCCAAGGCAUCAGUGACUGAGCAUAAGGAGGACAGCGUCUGA